AUGUGGCAUAUGCUCGGAUUUCUGCUCGGCCUCUUGGUUCUGUGCUGUCCAACCACAGCAAAUGCAGAACAGACAGUACUAGACUCAGCGCAAAGUCCCCAGCCUUAUAGGAUAGCCAUCAUUGGGGCAGGCGCCGCUGGAUCAUCGACAGCAUACCAUAUACGGAAGUUCGCUCAACAUGAUGUGCCCAUCAACAUCACAAUUUUCGAAGCAGAGAACCACAUCGGUGGACGAACCACCACCAUCAAUGCCCUGAAUGACCCCAGAUACCCAGUCGAACUAGGAGCAUCGAUAUUCGUCGAGAUCAAUCAGAUUCUCUACAAUGCCACCCGUGAGUUCGGGUUGUCAGCCACCAGCAGAGAAGAUGAAGGCACUGGUUCAGCCUACGAUCUUGGUGUCUGGGAUGGCACAAAUUUCGUCUUUACUCUAUCGAACGGUGACGAAAGGUCAGGACUCAAGGGAACGCUCGACGGAUGGUGGAACAUGGCAAAGAUUAUCUGGAGAUAUGGGUUGAGCGCUGUUCGGCUGCAAAGUAUACGUAACAGUGUCAUUGGCCGAUUUCUGCGAAUGUACGAUGAUGCUUUUCCUUUCCAGGACCUUGGAGAGGUGUUGCGAGAAGUUGAUCUUCUCCCAGUCACAGGGGAGACAGGUCCGGAACUUCUGAAGGCGGCAGGAGUGGGUGAGAGGUUCUCCCGCGAGGUGAUUCAGGCUAGUUCUCGAGUCAAUUAUGCUCAGAAUCUGGCGGACUUUCAUGGUCUUGAGACGAUGGUGUGUAUGUCUACAGAAGGCGGAAUGAGCGUAGAAGGUGGGAAUUGGCGAAUCUUCGAUAGGAUGGUCAAGGAAGCAGAAGCAGGUAUUCAUUUAGGUGCAAAAGUACAUCGUGUCGAGACACUUCCUAAUGGGAAAUCCACAAUAUCAUACAACAAAUCCAACACACACCAAGUCGACGAAAGCGGAUUCGACGUCGUCGUCCUAGCAGCACCAUACAACUCCUCAUGGCUGACCCUCUCACCAUCUCCGUCCUGGAAACCUGGCAAAGUCGAUUACGUCUCCCUCCACGUAACACUCUUCACUAGUCCCUUCCGCCCUGAUCCCGCCUUCUUCGGCCUCAAGUCUGACCAAGACCACCUCGUCCCAGACACCAUACUCACCACUCUCCCACUAGACACAGACCCAGACUCCCUCGGCCGAGGCGUCCAUGGCGUCGGCCCCACCACGUUCUGGUCCCUCAGUACCCUAAGAACAAUCAAUCCCACAACAGACACGUAUAUUCCUCCCUCUGUAUUAUCUGGGCACAUCCCAGCAGAGAACCUCAUCUCAUCAACCAACAACAAUCUUACAUCUCCAAUAUGGCCUCGUCGCGCUCCCAAUGACAAGCAAUAUAUCUACAAGAUCUUCUCUCCCGCCCCCGUCACAGCCGAAUACCUCAUCGAUCUCUUCGGGUGGUGUACUCACCCUUCUCUGCCGAAAUCACUCAGGCGGGAUGACUGCACAACCACCACCACCACCAACCACCACAACACGUCAAAACACCACUCAAUCAGCACCAUUCCCCACGCCCUCCUCCCCUGGCACCACGAAAAGCAAUGGAAUAGUUACCCUUACAUGACCCCAAGGACCGACUUUGAAUGUUUCGAUAUCUAUUCCUGUAAGGAUUAUCCGGCACCCAAUGUAACUGACGGCGGGCAUGACAAAGCAGCAGCAACAGCAUGGAAAGGGAAACUGUACUAUACGUCGCCGAUGGAGGCAUUCAUUAGUGCGAUGGAGGCGAGUGCGUUGAGUGGAAGGAAUGUAGCAAGGUUGAUUGUGGAUAGGUUGGAGGGAAGGAAUUGA